CAGAAAAUGCCAAAACCAACAAUUAAUGAGCUCGUUACUCAGUGGCUUGAGGUUGAUGUAAACCCAGAAACUAGACAGGAAAUCUUAGAUCUACAACAAGCUGGUAAUAAUGAAGAGUUAGAAAGAAGAUUGAGAACAAGAAUCGCAUUCGGAACCGCUGGAUUGCGGUCAAAGAUGGAAGCUGGGUUCAGCCGAUUGAAUGAUGUGACCAUUUUACAAGCUUCUCAAGGUUUAGCAGAUUAUGUUUCUAAAUCAUCAAAACUAUACAACGUUGUUAUAGGACAUGAUCAUAGGUUACAUUCUAAAAGAUUUGCUGAAAUAACAACUACUGCUUUCUUACUCCGUGGAUUUCAAGUGUUUUAUCUUUCUUCCUCAAUGAAUGGUGGUGAUCUUGUUCCAACCCCUUUGGUUCCAUUUGCUGUUGAUUAUUUUAAAGCUGAUUGCGGUGUCAUGAUAACAGCUAGUCAUAAUCCUGCUCAAGAUAAUGGCUAUAAAGUAUACUGGGGUAAUGGCUGUCAAAUUAUACCGCCUCAUGAUCAUGGAAUUGCCGAAUGUAUUCUACAAAAUUUAGAGCCUAGAGAACAUGCAUACAACGUUGAACAAAUAAUGAGAAUUGGUUUGAACAAUGGAUCUUUGGUAUAUGCCAAAGAAGAAAUUCUAACCGCUUACUUACUACAUAUCAAUGCUACUUUAUUGAAGACAAAGGUAUCAAAUCUUAAAUUUAUUUAUACCCCAAUGCAUGGUGUUGGUUUGGAAGUGUUGAGCAAAGCUGUUCAAUUAUUGGGUGUUCGUGAUCUACAAACAGUUAAAGAGCAAAUGGAACCAGAUCCUUAUUUUCCAACAGUGAAGUUUCCAAAUCCAGAGGAGAAGGGAGCAUUGGAUCUAGCGAUGGCAAAAGCUGAUGCACAAGGGAUUGAUUUAGUUAUAGCAAAUGAUCCUGAUGCUGAUAGAUUUUCUGCAGCAGUUAAAGUUGAUGGCAGUUGGAGACAACUUACUGGUAAUGAAAUUGGAUACUUGUUUGCGGAUUACAUUUAUAAAACUUACGAAGGUGAAUUAUCCAAAGUUUAUUUUGUCAACUCAACUGUCUCAUCUCAAAUGAUUAGAUCAAUGGCCGACAAGCUAGGAUUAAAUUAUGUUGAUACAUUAACUGGUUUCAAAUGGAUUGGUAAUAAAGCAAUUGACUUGGAAAAAGAGGGAUAUAGCGUUCCAUUUGGAUUUGAAGAAGCUAUUGGUUUCAUGUUUUCUGGUAUUCACGAUAAAGAUGGUAUUGCAGCUGCUAUAGUGUUUUUACAAAUGGCACAAUCUUGGGCUGAUGAAGGCACCAAUGCUAUAGAAGUUUUGGAAAAAGGUUUCGAAAAUUUUGGCUAUUAUAAGGAAUACAAUUCAUACUAUAUUGUUCCAGAUCUUUCAUUAACGAAAACUAUUUUUGAUAGAAUCCGUUAUGAUUUUAAAGAUGAAAAAGAUCAUUAUCCUAAACAAGUUGGGGACUACUCUAUUUCAUAUUGGAGAGACUUAACACAAGGAUAUGAGUCUGAUACGGUUAAUAACAUCCCAAACUUACCAGUGGACGAAUCUUCCCAAAUGAUCACUGUUCAAUUGACAACUGAGAGUAAUGUUGAACAUAUUAGGUUUACAAUGAGAGGAUCAGGGACGGAGCCUAAGUUGAAAGUCUACAUUGAAGCAAGGGCAGAAUCGGAGGAUCGUUCUGCCUUCCUAGCAAAAGAUGUCUGGGAUACUCUUCGUAACGAAUGGUUCAAGCCUGAAGAAACUGGUCUUUUGGAAAAUUGAAUUUUGAAUGUAUGAGUAAAAACUUUUUGAAGCGUAACGGUUCAUGCCGAUCCUGACUGAAAAUUGA